AUGGCCGAAUCACAUGGUCGCCAUUCCUCGCCGCCCAUCCACAGUGUGGAUCCGCACCACCACAAGCACAGCGUAGGCGCGUCCUCGUCACGCCGCUGCCACCGCGACACUGCAGGCCGGCUCGCCGGCUUCCCCGAUCUCCUUGUGCCGUCUUUGCCACAGAGGAAGUACCAUGGAGUUUGGCAGCAGGCGUGGGGGAUGUGGGUGGCUGAAAUCACCGAUCGGUACACGCACAAGAAGCUUUGGCUUGGGUUGUUUCACACCGCCGAGCUUGCUGCCUGCGAGUACAACCUUUGGUUGGUCCGGCUGCACGGCGUCGAUGACCGCCUGAACUUUGUGUGGGGCGAGAUGUCGUUGCUGGAUCCGCUGCUGCCGAGAGUGGUGAACGCUGCGGUGGCUUGGGCUGGAGGCCGCCGACGAGGCGUACAUGGCCGACUACCGCCAAAAGUACUGUGA